AUGGAUAUAUUGUCUUGGGAUGGAGCCCUUUCGUCAAGUGAAUUUUCUAUUGCUGCUCACGAUUUCAUUGAGAAAUGGAAAAAAUUCAACCCCACUUAUCCUCCAUGGUCAUGGGUUACUUGCAAAAAAAAAUCUUGCGUUGCUUCUCAUGAGGUUGAGAAAUAUUUGUCACUGGAGAACAUUUCCCUUCUCAGUUUACGUGAGGAAGAUCAUGGUGAUGAAAGUCAAAUAGGGGAAGAAGAAAUUAGCUGUUCUAAGGAAGAGGAGCCCAUUGAUUCUGCUACUUUAGUUGAGAGUUUUGAUCGUGAAGUACAUUACUACGACUUUCAUAUAGUGUACAGUGCUUCAUAUAGGGUUCCAGUGCUCUAUUUCCGUGCAUUUUUUAGUGAUGGACAGCCUUUGGUUUUGGAUGAAAUUGAAAAAGAUCUUCCUGCCUGUUCAGCAAAGGUUUUGUUGGAAUCAAAAUGGACGUUCAUAACUCAGGAGGAGCAUCCAUACUUGAACAGGCCAUGGUACAAAUUGCAUCCAUGUGGAACUAGCGAAUGGAUGCUGUUGCUUUUCCUCGGCAAUGCUGCUCCAGAUAAACAGGGAGUAGCGGUUGAUAAAUAUCUGGUCUCUUGGUUCUCAGUUGUUGGGCAGGUAGUUGGUCUUAGGAUCCCAUUUGAAAUGUUGAACGAUAGUAAUCAGCCGUAGCAUUGAGAUGCGUGUUGUACAGACAGAGUUUAACUCUUGUUAAUGAAAUCAGUCUUCAGUAGAGAAAGUUGAAGAAAAUA